AUGAGCUGGAAAUCCUACAAAAAGCCUGGGCAUCAAGAUGUCAACAGACAGCGAAAUUUAAAGCAUUGGAAUAACGGAUUACAGGACAAGUUGACGAUGUCCUUCCAGCAUUUCAAGGAUAUUGGUAAUGAGCAUUUCAAGAAAGGUGAGUAUGACCUGGCCAUUGAACAAUACCGCAAAUGCAUAUCCUUAGAGCCUACAAAUGCCGUCGGGUAUAGUAACCUAGCAAUGGCAUACUUGAAGAAUAGGUGCCCGGACGAGGCCAAGACUGCAUGUGAGAUGGGGUUAUCAUACUGCAAGGACACAAAACUCAGACAAAAAUUACAGUACAGGUUAGAACUGGCCACUACAAAUAAGAGACCAAAGACGCUACAACAGUUGGAAAUACGAGAAGUGGAACGGAUCCCUCCCGAAUUGGCAAGCUUGUGA